AUGAAGCGGAUCGCGGUGCUCUCGGUGGCAUACCUGCUGGGUGCCGCGGCAAGCGAUGCCGCGCCAAAACAGUACCCAGUGACGAAGGUCGUCAACCUGCUCAAAGACAUGCAGAAGAAGCUUGAGGCGGAAGCUGAGGAGGAUGAGGAGGUCGAUGAGAAGAUGAAGUGCUGGUGCAAGGAGACAGAGCAAUCAAAGUCCGAGAGCGUCACCAAGAUUGAGUCGGAGAUGGCCAACCUCGGUGGCCUCAUCGACACCUCGGCAGCGGAUAGCGCCAGACUGGUGUCGGAGCUAACGGGCCACGAGGAGGAUCUGGCAAAUAGCCAGACCUCGCUGGGAGCGGCCGAAGCCCAGCGCAAAAAGCAGUUGGAAAGCUUCGAGAACGAAGUGAAGGAGAUGGAGGCGUCACUUACUGGAGUGAGCGGUGCAUUGGACACCCUCAAGAAGAAGACGUCCUUCCUCUCAACCUCCGCAUCGGCUGCCAAGGCAGAUGCCUUGCAGCUUGUUAAGAAGCUUCAGAAGAAGCACUCGAAUCUCUUGAUGGGUGUGGUGACGCCUCGCCAGCGAAAGCUGAUGCUCGCGAUGACCUCCAAGCGCCUCGAUGUAGAUGCGGUCAUGGAAGGCAGCCCAGCCGCAGGAGAAGUCGUUGGUGUUCUGUCGUCUAUGAAGGACACCUUCGAGACGAACCUGAACCAAACCAGGGCAGAGGAAGCUCAGAGCUCGGAGACCUUCCAGGCUCUGCGCAAGGCCAAGGAGACCGAGAUCCACGCCACCGAGGAGGCCAUUGUCUCCAAGAAGACUCAGAAGGCUGAAUCAGACAAGAAGAAAGCCUGGGCAGCCGAGACACUGCAAGAUGCAAAGGCCAGCCUCCUGGCUGACCAGCAUUUCCUCAAGGAUGCCAAGGAGAAAUGUGCCGCUCAUGAAGCUGCGUAUGCCGAGCGUGUUGCUACGCGCAACGAAGAGAUCACUGGCUGUUCGAAGGCCGUAGCUAUCCUGAGUGACGACUCCGCCCGCGACACUUUCAGCCGAACCUUCAACGCCGGCGCCAUGUUCCUCCAAGUUGACACCAGCAAGGAGCACCGCAUCACUGCCAGCCAGACACUAGCUGCGGCGGCUACCAAGUCGCACGACUCUAGGCUUGCGGCCCUUGCGAGGAUGGUGCGCACAGACUCUUUCGAUUCCGUGAAGCAGGAAAUCGACAAGUUGACCGCCCAGCUGCGUGAAGUGCAGAAGGACACACACACACACAACUGCACACCCACACAUACCCGCCCACUCACACGCCUACACACACACACACCUACACACCUGCACACCUGCACACUUGCACAGCUACACGCCUACACACCGACACACCGACACACCUACGCACACUGA